AUGACUUUUCAUACUUACAGCAUUUUCGAUUUUGUCUAUUACUUAGCAGCGACAUAUUCCUAUGAAAUUCCAAUUGUUUUCGAAGAAGUUGAUGUCAAAUUAAUUUAUUCUCUUGGCGACGAAUUGUUUGGACUUAAAAAAUAUAAUUUUUUACCAGGAAAGUCAUCUUUUCCACAAUACUAUGAAGCAAAUGUUUCAAACAAUCCAAAAUUAUCCCAAGAAAAGAUCAACAACUUAAAAAAUCUUUUGUUUGAGUUCGAAAUCACGAAGAAUCCGAAAAUCAGCUUCCUAAAACUUCAUAAAGAACCAAAUGCUUUGUCUCAACUUACUCGUGAAUAUUUCAAAUCAGAUCAGAAAUUCAUCAGUUGUCUUGAAAGCAACGAUUUCAAUUUGGCACACAUUAUUUUCAAUCUUUGCUAUUGUUUAGAACUUGUUAAAUAUGUUGGCAGAUGUUCUCCUGAUGAAUACGAUUUAUAUGAAUCAAUUGAGUCAAUUUCAGAAAAAAGAUCGAAAUACACAAUCAGUGUUGCUUUUUCUUUGUUUUGUGACCACAUAAUUUACGAUUUAAUGAAUUUAAUAUCAAAGGAACCUGAUUAUUUAUCUCCUCUUUUUGGAGUUUGGAUAUAUAUCUACAGACAGCAUAAAGAAUAUUUUGAUGCUGUUGAUGAAUCAAUGGUUACUCUGAUCAAAAUAUUGGCAAGAGUCAACCAUUAUACGAUAAAAGGUUAUGCAGAAGAAAUCAGAGAAUCAGAAAAGGCAAAAAUUUUUGGUUUUGAUUAUUUAAAUCUUUUACCUGAAAACAUUAAAUUUAUGAAACAACUUGCUUAUGAAUACAAUCAAUUGAAUGAGCAAGUAAAGUUAAAAGUAUUCAACAAAUUAAGUCGAUUACAUUCUUCAGAGUUGUGGGCGAAUUCUAUUGAGUUUCUCAAGACUUAUUACAAUGACAAAAGAAUGACAAUUGGAAACUUAAGAACUUUUUUGGAGAAAAGCAAAAAUGAAAUCUCCCAACCAAAAAACAUCAAUUUGCUUGAUUAUUUAAAAAUGAAUGAAUACAGAUCUGAUCCUACAUACAAGAAGUAUAUUAACAUUCAAAGGAAUAAAAUUGAGUACUCUUAUGUUUAUUAUUUACUCUAUGAAGCAAGCAAUUUCAAUCUUGAAGCAAUUUAUCUUGUUUCGAAAAAGAUUUCGAUUGACGAAAAAUAUUUCAUGAAAAGAAUUUUAUCAAGAAAAUUUUACAUUCUGGAUGUUUUUGUUUUUCAAAUGUCUACUCAGUAUCUGUCUGUUCCUGAAAACUUUUUGGCCGAUGUUAGAAUUCAACUUCCUGGUUUGUUGUAUCCUCUAGGAAAGAAUGAAUUUAAGUUUUGCCAGGAAGUUGUUUCGAAGUAUCCUUUGGAUUUUCACAUUGUUUAUCCAUUUUUUGAUGUAAAGUAUGACAUGGGAUCAUUCAAACUCUUUUCAAGAUCAAGAUACUUGUUACAAGGAUCUAAUUACGAAGACAUCUUUGAUUAUUCGAAUUACUUAUUCUUCUUUUAUUACGAGGCAAAUGAAGUUGACUCAAUGUUUCAAGGGUUUGCUCAGUCUGGUUUUAUCCCGAAUCAAUAUUUCAGGAAAAUAUUUGAUAUUUCCGAAGAAAAUCCUAAAGGAGUCUUGCUGAAGCAUAUGAUUUCUUUGUAUGUUUCCACUUACGAAUGUCUCAAAUCCCCAGAUUAUAUAAAAGAAGAAACGCGAAAUUUCAUUUUGAACUAUUUGAAUGUUCCUUUUAAACGUGAUUUGUUGAUUGAUGUUCUCACGGGAAAUGAAUCUGCUCCGACUAAUCCGGAUUAUGCAAUUUGCAAACAAAUCAUAAUUUUGAAUGUUCAAGAAAACCAAAAAGAAACAUUUUCAAAAUUUUAUAAAAUCAUGGAAAUGUUUGACCAAAUGAUUGAUCCUUAUCAGCAAAAUAAUUUUGAACUUUUGAAGUCAUUUGAUUUCUCGAAAUAUGGAAGUGCCGCAAACAAAUACAAAUCUUUCCAAUCACAAGUGAUUUCCAAAGUAAUAAGUCAGCCUGGUUACUUGGCAUCGAAAGUUAGAGACAAAAUUGAAAAGAAAAUUCCAACAGACUUACCGAAAUUACAAGCAUUUUGCAACUCAUUUGAAUCACAAGAAGAAGAACUUUACAUUGAUGAUAUCAAAUACAUUAAAACUGAAGGUAAGUAUCAAAUGAAAACACUUAUGAAUCUUGAAAUUUCACAAAAUGUCACAGAUGUUUCAGAUAAGUUCAUUUCUGAUUUGAAUGAAGAAAAGUUAACAGUUGGUUCACUCAUUUUAAGAUUACUUCAAAAUUCAAAUGCAUUUGAAUGUAAUAUGAAAAUAUUCUCCAAUUCCUUCAAAGAAAGAAACGAAGAGCAGAAAUUGAAAAUCGAAAAACAAAGUAAUCUUUCUGAGUUUUAUUUCAAUCUUCAAAAAGAAAUUGAAUCCAAAGAGAAAAUCCACAAAACAAAGAUCUCAUUUAUUAAUGAUUUUAAUGAUGAUCUUCCAGAAAAAAUGACAAAAGAAAGAUUUAAUUUGUUCGAAAAACUUUUAUUUGUUGACAAAAAUAAGUGGAAACUUAUUGAAAAUUCAUUUUUAUCUGUUUUCACAUUUUGUGAAGAAAACCAUUUGUUCCGAUACCAAGAACAUAUUAUUGCAUAUACAUUGAAAUGUAUUGAAGAAAACAACAAUAUUUUCUUUACAAAUCCAUUAAAAGAACUCUACAAAUUCAUUUUGAAUUCUAUAAUCAAUGAGAAAGAAAAUGAAUUUUCAGAAAUAUCUCCACUUAAAAAAGAAAAUUCACGAAUCUUAGCUCGAAUAAAGUCAAACAUGAAAGUUGACGUUUUGAAUGCAUUGAAAGCCGAAUUUACUUCAACAAGGAAGAAACAAAUCAAAGAGAAGUUGGAAGUUUUUUCUGAUUGUUUCUACAAAAUUGUCAAGAAUAUUCCUCUUUUGAUGGUAAAGCCAAAAUUCGAAAGUGUUGAUUAUUCAUUUGAUAAAGUUAAGUUCUACAACAUGAUUUUGUCAUACAAUCAACUGAAUUUGGAUCUUUCUGAAUACAAAGAAUUUGUUGAAUACGAUUUUGUUUUCCAAGAUAAAGGACCUUUGUAUGUCAAAAACAUUAAAACAGACAAAUCAUAUUGUUAUUCUCAAUCACAAAGUCCUCAUUUAUUAACACUCGGCAACAGUUCCAAAUCCAAUUACAAAUUCGAAAACUCAAAUCCAGCAUGGACAACAGUUCGAAUUCCAAAAAUUCGUCAAAACUUUGAAGAUUACAACUUUGAAUUUUUCUGUAAUUUGUAUCAAGAGCUCGAAGAUUUGGUGCGAAAAGAGAAUAUUGAAUCUCAAACUAUUUUUGGACUUAAUUUCAACGACUUUACUGAGUUUUUAGGAACGAUUUCAAAGAUCAAAAAAGAAAAUUUCUCAUUUAACUUCCAAAAUCAUAUGAAUUCAAUAAAAUUAGAUUCAUCUUACCCGAAUACUGUUCGUGUAAUCACAAAAUACAUUGAAAUGACAAAGGAAAUCAAAGAAAUCAAAGCCAAUGAGAAUUUGACAAAUCUUCUGAAUGAAAAACUCAGUAAAAUUAAGGAAAUAGAAAUUCCUCGAAUAAAUAACCAGAAUAAAACAAACUGUCGUCUCAGACUCCAAACAAAAUUUACACCGAAAAUUGUUAUCACAGAUGAUGGCAUCAAACCGAAUUUCUCUCAAAUUUACUUUUACAAUUUCAAUGUUAAUUUCGAAUAUUUAGAAAUUAUCAUCUUGAUUGAAGGUUCUUUCCAGUUUUUGGAUGUCUCGGUGAAAUCAUUUGCUAUUAUCAAAUCAGAAGUUAUUGAAGAUAAGAUCAUUUUAACAGUUAAUUUCUCAACAUCAAAACCACAAUUGAUUAAAGGAAUUUUGAAAAUUGCUGACGUCAAUAUUCCAAUUAUGCUAUGUUUUGGGUACGAUUCAUAUCGGCUAAAUGGUCCUAAUUUUGUUUUCAAUGACAUGAAAUCAGAUUUAGAUUUCAGAAAUGCUUCACUUGAAUCGAUAAAUACUGAUGAAAUGAUUAAAAUCGUUUAUUUAAUCGAUUCUUACAAAUCAAUGAGUGACAAAUUCAGUGAACUUUUCUUCGGUUAUUUGAAGUCAUAUCAAAAAUCAUUUCCAAUAAAUUUAUCGAGAAUAUUUUCAAGCAUGUAUUCACUACAUCAAUUCUUUGAAACGCAUUCAUUUGAUGAAUUCUGUCCUUAUUAUUUUUCAGCUAAAGAAUUUGAAGCAUCAUUUUCCAAGUUACUUCGAAUUCUCGGCAUCGAUAUCUCAUCAGAAGAAGAAAACUUUGACUUCUACAACAUUUUUUGUUACAAAAAAUUAUAUGACAAUUCUAUUGUUGAUGAUCCUAAUAUCAAACGUAAAACAACUAAUGAUAAAGGUUUUGAAUCUACAAAUAAAGAAGAAGAAAUCGUUUCAAUUUCAUUGAAUGAUGAGCAAGAAUCUCAAAUGGAGCAGAGUAGUGAAGUAGUUGCUUUCCAAACGAAAACAGAACCUGACGAAAACAUUAAUUCAGGAGAAACUUCUCUAAAAGACAAAGCAUCAAAUAUAGAAGCACCAGCAUCAAAAAUUGAUUUCCAAUCGGCAAAUUCUAUUCAAGAAAAUAAUUCCCAACAGCAGACUUCUAAUCAAAGUUCUACACAACAAUAUCAAUCGAACAAUCCUUCUGAAAGAAGUAUUGAUAACAAUAAUACAAACCGAAUUGAACCUGAAGAAGAAAGAAGAAAUAUCAAACAGCUGCAAACUGAAAAUGUUUCCUAUCAAGGAACUCCGCAACUGAAUCAGAUGCAGCAAGAAUUUAAUAAUAUGCAAAAUUAUUUCAUGCAACAAAAUCAGAUGCUUCCUCAAUACCAGAGAAUGAUCCCCCCUCAAAUCCAAAAUAAUCCACAAGCAAUUCUUCAGUACCAGCAGAUACAAAAUCAGUAUCAAUCAUUGCAAAUGCAGCUCUCUUCUGUCCAACAAUUUGCUUUUCAAUUCUCUCAAAUGUAUGGUGUUAAUCCAAUCAAUGACAUUUUAAUGCCAAAUGGAGGCUUUUUCUAUCCUCCAAACAUAGUAAACCAUAAACAGGAGUAUCCUUCCCAGCAACAACAACCGAAAAUCUGA